UCCGAGUCUCGACUCUGAACCUGUCUCAAAAGGCCUUUUGUUCGUAGCUUCGGCAGGGCCCGCGGCUCUGCCUCUUACAGCCACUGGCAACCUUUCUGAUCUCUCUUAACCGUCAUGCUUUCAGACUGGGAGUCAGACCUGACCGAGUUAUCCUCCGACCUCGACGAGGAGGAAUAUGUCCCGCCCACGCAGAGGAAGAAGACCACGACCAGAAACACUGGCUCCGACUACAAGAUCACCAAUACUCUACGACCACCACGGACGACUCAGUACACUGCGAAGAGUCUCUUUGAUCAGAUUGUGGAUAGCACCAUUGACCUCGAACCUGAAUAUCAGCGAGACAUCGUAUGGCCGGAGUCCAAGCAGUCGGGGCUGAUUGAUUCGAUCCUGAGAAACUAUUAUAUCCCGCCCGUCAUCUUUGCUGUAACUGCCAAAGAAGACGGAUCAGAAACUCGUACCUGCAUCGACGGUAAACAAAGACUGACAUCAAUCGCUAAGAAAUCGAAUACGAGGUAUUGGCAGUAUCAGCAAGUGUUUGCCAAUAAACAAAUCACCUGCGUUGAGUACGAGUCUCUGUCGGAUGAUCAGGAAAGGAAAUUUUCAGCCGCUGACCACGAAUCACAGCGCGUACAACUUGGUGUCGCGCUUACGGCCGCAGAACGGCUGCAAGCGCUCACUGGCAUUCGAGCAACUCUCGUAAGAGAGAUCCAAGCGAAAGUCCUCGGGGAACAAGGUUUUGGAAGUAACCUUGAAUGGGCCAACGGACGUGGUCGCGACUUCCAAUGUUUAGCGUCCAUAGUAUAUCUGAUAGAACAACAACCGCUCGGGUUCCCCACUCCAAUGCAGCUCGACAAGUGGCUUCAGUCCUUCGAGAGCGACGUUAUGGAGACGUUCCAGGUUUGGCUAGCCAUGGUCCGCGACAGACGCUACAACACGCCGUUCUCGAAGCCGACGAGGGUGUCGCCCAUCGAGUUCACACUCAUUGGCGUCCUGAUACACAAGAAUCGGUCGAAACUGUCCCUGCUGCAGCUUUCCAACGCCAUCUGGCAGAUGAGGGCUGAUGUCCGUUCGCAUCAUGUAGAUAUCCGCGCCAACACGAAAGUUUGCAAGACUAUGUUCGACUUCAUCAAGAAGAUGAAGACGACCGAGUUCCAGGGCGACGGCAAGGGCGACACCCCUGCAACUACGGCCGUGAAAAACAAACCAGGGGAGAGUGGGACAGCGACUACGAAACGAAAGCGAGCCAUCGAGUCCAGUAGCGAGGAGGAAGACAGCAGUGAUGAUGAAGAUCAUGUCCCACUUCGGAGGAAAGUGCCGGCCAAGAAGAAGGUCACUACCUCGAAAACGACGACCGUAUCCAAGUCCUCGACUAGCGCGAAGCCUGCGGCCACUACGUCUUCCAGCAAGAGCACCACGACGAAGGCAACGAGCAAUGGUAAUAGCAAGGUCACAGUCAAGCAAGUCAUCGCUGGCCCCUCGGCCAAGUCGGUCAAAUUAUCCCUGUCGUCAGACACCUACCACUCCGACUAUCCCGUCGACACCAUGACAGCAUCGCAAGCCAAGCCAUCCCCUUCGGGAGGCACGUCCACUUCACCUGCCCCUCUCGCUCUCCCAGAAGGACACCUGUUGCCAAUGGAACGGAGGUCAACGGUUUCGAUCACCUCAGUGUCUAGUCCGAUCGUCAACCGUGGCGAAGGUGCGGCAGCUUCACCUAAUGAUAGACUGGCCGUCCUUCGUGCAGCCAAGGCUAGUGUGGGUACUAGAAGCUUUUCGGCGGGGUCGCCUGUUGUUCCAGCAGCAGGUCAGUCGAUAUCGAAGGGCGGCCAGCAGAGACUCCCUCCGAAUAUCCUCGACAACGAGAGGCCACGGCUACCCAUAUCGAUACGAGCAUUUUUCGUGCCGCAGAUGACUACGGAGCAGGUGGCAGCCAUGCUCAGCUCCAUCCCACCCAAUGUCAUCAACGCCAUCCAAAACGCUCAGCAGAGUGCCUCCGCUCCCUCCACUCCAAAUCCCGGGGUGCCCACGGCUUUCCCGCGUUCCAUGUCUUCGCGCAUGCCAUCAACAGCCCCGGAGCCUCCGAGCUACAACCAAGCUCUCAAACGCAGCCCAUCUACACCAGCUCAAACGAUGCCCCCCACGAAACCAGCUGCUAUGAGGACUCCGCCUCCAGGACCCCCGCCUGGCCCUCGCCCCUCAGUGUCGACUAUGGGCCAAGCGGGUACGAUCACACAGCUUUCAUCGCCGUCGUCGCUCCCGCCGCCUCCGCCUUCUCUACCACCUCCCCCUGUCCCGAGUUUGCCGCCCCCACCCCUACCUGUAUCCCCGAGCUUGAGCGCAAAGAGCGCCAGCUCAGGCAACAUGCUGGCCCGGCCUAUGUCCGAGCGAGACAGAUAUAGUGCCGGUGGAAGCGCCUCACCUAAGAGCUCCGUGAGCAGGGGUAGAGGGUGGGAGGACCGCGAUGUUGCGGACUGGGACAUGGAUCGGAAUCGCGACAGGGAGCGAGAAUGGAACAAGGAGCAAGAUUGGGAUAGAGACCGAGGAUGGGACUCGCGGCGAGGCCCGGAUAGGUCCGCGGAUCCUAGGCGACGGGAUUCAGGUGGUAUGCGCGACUGGGAGAGGGAGAGGUCGGAGAGGGAUCGCGACUGGUCCUGGCGGGGAGCGCGAGGAAGAGGGAGAGGGAGAGGCUGGUCGCGAGGGUGGUGAGGGCACCCCGGGGUUGGCCUUGAUGUGUGGCUCGAGCUUAAGUCUAUAGUAGGUGCUGUACGGCGUUUUGCGACACGGGUUGGCAAUGUCUCUUCUCUGUUGAGCUUCUUGUCUUCUUUCCCCGUUAAGUCUUCCCUGUUGUCGUCAUACCCGGUACUAUUCCGUACGUUAACCUCAGUUUGGCACUGUAUGCGUACAGUCUGUUCUGCUUCUAAUCGGCAGUAUUGCGCUUGCGGUCCGAUUGAAUUGGCAUUGUUACAAGAAACCCUCUUUAGUGCAUAUGAUACUAGACACCUUCGUUGUAACUUAGAACGCAA